UGGUGAGCUAUUCAAUAUGGCUUGUCUGGAUGAUGUGCUUAACAGCAUUGUUUCGAAAUGGCAGCCUAUGCUUAAUCUUGCUGGUGAUAUACUAGACAGGUUUAUCCAGACACAUAUGUCCUCGCCACUGGCUAAGCAGCAACUUAUAAAAGUUAUUACAAAUAUGAAAUUGAAAUGCCUUGGGGAAGAUGCAAAAUGGUGGCACAAAAUUUAUUUUGGGCUUGAAGUUCUUUUGGAUUUCAAGAAGGCUUUUCCCUCUAAAGAGUUGUUACCUGCAGAAGACACUAAAACUGUUGAGUACGUUUGCAAGAUACUGUGGGCUUUUUAUCACGCUGUUGAAGUAAUAUCUGGUACUGUUUGUCCGACGGCAAAUAUGUACUUCAAUGAGCUAUGGAUGGUUAGGGCAACUUUGGAAGAACAAGCAUCUACUGAUUAUACUGAACUUUCUAGCAUGGUUUGGGAGAUGCAGAAAGCUUUUGAUGAGUUCUGGCAAAAUUCAUACGUGUGGCUGUCAGUACCUGUUGUUUUUUAUCCCAGAUUCAAAAUUGCUUUUAUCAAGUUUUGUCUGGAACAAGCUUUCGGCAGCAAAGCAACAAAGCAUUUAUCUGCCAUGUCAUGUACGAUCCAUGAGUUGUUUCUUGAGUAUUGCAGUUCUGUUGGUAAGCCAAGUGUCGACACAUCAAAUUGUGAAACUCCUGAUGUUGAAGUGGGUGGAUUUUACAGUUAUUCAUUAGAAGAUUGGGAUGAGCAUAUUAAUGCGCAGAUAAGGAGCCAGGUAUCGACAGAACUUACUACCUACCUUGAUGAUGGUCUUGUUCCGAGGGAUGAUGAUUUUGAUAUUUUGAAUUGGUGGAUGAGUAAUGCUACAAAGUAUCCAAUCCUCUCUGUUAUGGCACGUGACAUCCUAGCGAUGCCUGGUUCUGCUGUUCAAUGUGAGGCAGCAUUAAGCAGUGAAGGACCAGUGAUUAAUAAGCAAUGGAGUAAAUUGAAUAUCAACGCAAUUGAGGCUCUCGUAUGUAUCCGGGAAUGGAUUAAGUAGAAUGGCUACUUGUCAUGCCGCUGUCAACUACCAACACUAAUCGUGCUUCAUUAUCAGUAGAGGAUUACAAGCACUCAGGCAGUAGAUACUGAUAAUAUAACUCCUAGGAGUACUGGGUGAUACUGCAGGGGCCACAUUGCCUAUCUGUUUUGUGGCGUUAGACAACCUGCAGCUGCUAGCAUGUCUGAAUAUUUCUGCUAUUUCCCCAUAUGUGUAUGUAUUAGUCAGGCACCCUUCGUUCUAGGUGUUUCGUGUUUACAUGCAUUUCCUGAAUUAGGACAUGGACUCUGGUUCAGACAUGCGCCAUGCCAAUGAUCCACUGUCUUAACCUGGUCUGAAGUUAUUUCUCUGGUCUAUUUAUCGAUGUUAUUAA